CUGGAUAACUGUCGCUCCGGUGACGGGGAGGUGGAGGGGCUGACGGACGAGUACACGGAGCUGGAGAUCCUCAGCCUGGUGAACGUCGGCCUCACUUCUCUCUCCAAACUGCCGUCGCUCCCCAAACUACACAAGCUGGAGGUGAGCGACAACACCAUCUCCGGGGGUUUGGACAAGUUGGUGGAGAAGUGUCCUAAUCUGACGUCCCUGAACCUGAGCGGGAACAAGAUCAAGGAGCUGAGCGGCGUCGAGCCUCUGCAGAGCCUGAAGAACCUGAAGAGUCUGGACCUGUACAGCUGUGAGGUGACGACGCUGGACGACUACAGAGAGGCCGUGUUCGAGCUGCUGCCUCAGCUCACAUACCUGGACGGAUUCGACCAGGACGACAACGAGGCUCCAGACUCUGAGGGCGACAACGAUGAUGACGAUGAAGCCGGACCAACCAGAGAUGAGGACGAGGACGAUGAAGAGUCUGAAGGAGAAGAGGUCGGACUGUCGUACCUGAUGAAGGAGGGAAUCCAGGAUGAAGAAGAUGAUGGAGACUAUGUGGAGGAAGAGGAGGAGGACGAAGAGGAGGACGGAGACGAUGACGUCGCUGGUGUUCAGGGGGAGAAGAGGAAGAGGGAAGCGGAGGAUGAUGAUGAUGAUGAUGACGACGAUGAUGAUGAUGAUGAAUAAUUAACACACACACACACCCGACCUCGCCGGGUGCGUCAGACAGACAGGGAACAGCUGUGAUGGAUCGGCUUCCAUAUUGACAUGUUUAACUUUUUACAGUGUAGAGUCGGUGCUGCAGCAGUGACUCUACACUGUAAGAAAAAAACACACCGCUGGUUUGUCAUCAGAUGAAAAUUGAGCGACAACAUAAAAACUAUUUAAAUUUUUUAUGACAAGACUCUGACGUUGUGUUCUGUUAUUUUCUGGUGCAGUGAAAACUUUAAAGCUUUAAAUCAGCUGUAUCUGAAUUAUUUUCUGUAUCAGUUCAUUGAUUAUUGGUCCGUUUUUUCUGUCGUGUUGUCACUUAAGAAACUCAUUUUUUUCAUCUCUGGAAUUUCUCAACCAGAAGUUCAGUUAGUAAAAAAACUACCCCCGUGUACUCUGGGACUAUGAAAUCGACUGUUACUCGCUGAGCCCUCUGCUGCGGCCGCUCUGGUCUGUCGCUCCGUGUAAAUACAAGUGACGUCGUCCAUGUUGGUUUCUGUGGUUUGGAUUUUAUUUUUUUAUUCCUGUCGUCUGAUCGUUGAUGUAACCAGAUGUUUUUUGAUUAAAAACUGAUUCCUUCAGUCAAA